UGGUUGGUUGGUUGUUGUCUUUUUUUAGAAUUCUAAGUACCUUGAAAAUUAUCCUUUGGGUUAUAUAGAUGUGCAAUUUUUUUACAGUAACCUUUUGAAGAGUACAGAACAUUAAAUUAUUUUCCCUGGUGUUCUCGCAUGACUUGGGAGUUUGGCUGUACAGGGACUCUUAGAAGCAUAACAAAUGGCAAGCAUGUUUGCUACAUUAAGGCUCCCCCACCCUUUCCAAACAACAUGUGGUAUUACUUUUCCUACUAAAGCCUUUUGGCUCUUUAAACUCAGCUGUAGUAGUUUAUUAGUUAUGGAGGUCCCAGACCAGUCCAUGGGGUAUGAUCAAAGCCAGUUCUUAUUUAAUCACCAUAGAAAUGUAUGUCCAAGAGAACAAGCACAACUCAGGUUUCAGAAAGACUGUGCCUUUCCAGGUGGGGUCUGUAAAUGAAAAGUCUUCAAAAUAUAUAAUUCCAGACAAACUUUUUCUACUAGGCUACUGAGUCAGCUUAUCUCCCAGCACUUUUCAAGCACGUUAAUUGAGCAGCUUUUAGAACUAUGCCAGAAUUUCAGAAAUGUUGUUCUAGCUGGAUGUGCCUGCAACUUCUGCCUUGGACUUGCUCUACUGCUGUAAACAGGCAUCUCCACAGCUCCCUAAACAGAAGGGAGUACUGUAAUGAAGAGAAGCUCUUUCACAGGCUCCUUGGAGCAUCACACUCCUCGCAGCAGUGCUGGGCUCAUUGUGUUCAGAUAUUAUCUGGAAUGGGAGGAGUUGUGUGGCAGCUGGGCCUCUGGCUGUGUAUUACUGCUGUGCUGCUCUUUGGUGGAGGAAGAGGGAGAGAGCUCUGUGGCAGCCUGAGCUGCCUGAAUAACUACAUAACUACCGUGAACUGCACGUGGGUGACGGAGAAGCCCGUGGGUGAUGGACCUUUCCACCUGCAUUUCACCAACCUCUGGUCAAAGGGCCACAACGCCAGCUGCAAACUGACUGCCACAGAAAGCAUGCAGAAUCAGUACCACUGCACAUUUCAUUUAGCCAGCCAGAUCUUGGAAACAGAUGGUUAUAGAGUCUCUCUCCAAGGAAACUUCUUUGGACGUGAUCACAAAUACGUUACCUUUCCAGUGUACAAUCCCCGCAAGCACAUAAAACUUGAUCCACCUUUGAACCUCCAGAGCAAUGCCACGGCCAGCAAGUGCCAGAUAUGGUGGAGUGUGUGGGAUGUGCCUUGGUACCUCGUUGAAAUUCUCCAAUAUGAAUUGCAGUAUAAGGAGUACAGCAUGUCCUGGGAGAUUGCAUUGAACAAGACACCAUCCAGUUCACUGCCACAGAUAGAAAUUGAAGCAACAGAGCUUCGCAGAGGCAUUGCUUACACUGCAAGAGUUCGCUGCAAAGUUUCUGAAAAUGAGAAUUCCUACCACAGUCAGUGGAGUGAGUGGAGCCAGACAACGGUGUUUCAAAGAGCAGAUGUACCAAAACUGUCUGAGAAGAUCUUAAAUACCACUAUGCAGCUCUUGUUCAUUCCUCUGAGUUUGGGCACUCUACUCUAUUUAUUCUGGAACUGCAAACUUUCUUCAAGGGCAAAAAGUCUCACCUGCUUUAACAUUCCCACGCCAGCUGCUUUCUUUCAGCCACUCUAUAGUUUGCACAAUGGGAAUUUCAAGGACUGGGUUGGACCUAAUGAGGCUUGUAGCCAAUUUGGAAGAGAAGAGGCCAGCAACUCAAGCAAAGUGACUGCAGAUAGAGUUUCUGAUCUAAACACCCAGGACCUGAUUUCCCAGAUCUCCUGGAAACCUCUGGAAAGCACAAAUCUGGUUGUUGCAGAAGAAAACUUUGUAUUUGCCCCAGGUCCAAGCCAGCAAUAUGUCCCCAGUAGGUAUAUAAGAGCUGAAGAGAUAGAAGUGAGGCCAGGACUAUUGUUUGCACCGAACCAUGCUGAUGACACAGUUGGCCUGAAAAUCUCUGAAAUAAUUAAAGACAAUUCUGAGAGCCCUAGCAUGGGAAGGAAUUAUUCCUCUCACUCACAGCAUGGAAAGGGUGACUUUCUUAUGCUUCAGGAAUCUUUGGAGAUAGAAGAUGUGUCCUUCAGUGGCAGUGACUAUUGUACCUUGUGUGACAAUGAUACCACAGGAGGUCUGAUUCCUGCUGAACCACUGAAGCUCUCUGAUGGCAAUAGUCUUGUCAAACAUCAGAAUGAUCAGUGACCUUCCCUGAGAAAUACUGCCUACAAAGAUUCUGGUGCUCUUCUCUCACCUCCCAACAUUGUCUUCCUAAGUGGCUUAAAUGGUGACUGUGCAGACGAUUGCAAACUUGUAUAAUUUUAAAAUAAAUCUUCAAUUCCUGUACUUCAGAAGAAGAUUGUGACCAAGUCCUCUGGCUAGCAAAUACUACCCCUAUAGGCAUGGCAAAGCCCAACUCCAGCAACAUCUGUUGUCUCAGAGAUACAUUACCAUGCCCUUCCCUGAAUUAACCUCCUGCCAGCAGAGGUCCAGUAACCACCGGUCUAAGGAGGCAGCAGCAGACCUGCUGUUUUUCCUCAGGAAGAGCUAUUGGAAUUGUGUGCCUCUUGGAAGCAGCAAUAUUUGCAAUGUGAUGAACCAUGAUUUAAACUCCAUAAUUUUUUAAAACUAUGCAUAAUUCUUCAUAAAAUCACAAUAAAUGAUUCUCGCUACAGAAGGUAAUUUUGCUUCUUUAUGCAUUG